AUGUCGUUGCUUGUAUUUCUUUGCCAAAUUAUAGUAUUAUCGGUCUUGUUCUUCUCCGAGGUGUGCCUUGCCGGUAAAAAAAUUCCAGCAAAUUUUGUGUUCGGAGAUUCAUUGGUGGAUGCCGGAAACAACAACUACUUAGCCACAUUGUCAAAGGCUAAUUAUGUUCCUAAUGGGAUCGAUUUUGGAUCACCUACUGGUCGAUUCACUAACGGAAGAACAAUCGUCGAUAUCGUAUAUCAAGCAUUAGGUUCCGACGAGUUAACUCCACCAUACUUAGCACCAACAACAAGCGGAUCUCUCAUUCUCAAUGGCGUUAAUUAUGCUUCGGGCGGAAGUGGAAUUCUCAAUUCCACCGGAAAAUUAUUUGGCGAACGUAUAAAUGUGGAUGCACAACUAGACAACUUUGCAACGACAAGACAAGACAUCAUUUCUUGGAUCGGUGAAUCCGAAGCCGCUAAAUUAUUCCGGUCAGCAAUUUUCUCGGUUACGACAGGUUCUAAUGAUCUAAUCAACAAUUAUUUCACUCCGGUCAUAUCAACCCUUCAACGGAAAGUAGUAGCUCCAGAAGUCUUUGUUGAUACAAUGAUCUCAAAAUUUCGAUUACAACUCACCAGAUUGUACCAAUUGGGUGCGAGGAAAAUCGUGGUGAUUAAUAUUGGUCCCAUCGGUUGUAUACCAUUCGAGAGAGAGUCUGAUCCAGCCGCUGGAAAUAACUGUUUGGCCGAACCUAAUGAGGUUGGCACAAAUGUAUAAUCUGAAGCUGAAAACACUCGUAGAAGAGUUAAACAAGAAUCUACAAGGUUCAAGAUUCGUCUAUGGUGACGUUUUUCGCAUUGUUGAUGAUAUUAUACAAAAUUAUUCAUCUUACGGUUUUGAGAGUGAGAAGAUUCCUUGUUGUUCGUUAGUUGGGAAAGUAGGUGGGCUGAUUCCAUGUGGUCCACCUUCAAAAGUAUGUAUGGACCGUUCCAAAUAUGUAUUUUGGGAUCCUUACCAUCCUACCGAAGCUGCUAACAUCAUCAUUGCUCGGCGUCUACUCUCCGGCGACACCUCCGAUAUUUAUCCGAUCAAUAUUCGGCAACUCGCUAACCUCAAGAUAAAUGCAUGAACCGUAUAGGGAAAAACUCCCAUCUAUAUAGGGUUGAGCGGGGUGGCUAUUGACGUUUACAUUUCGAUCUAAUUAAAUAUGUUUUUUAUUUUUUUAAUUGAUACAUUGAUAUGCUUUUGAUAUUUGUGUAAUCUCUUGAAAGGUUUAUUAGUGUGGCUGGCUUUCAUCUUUCGAAUUCUGGAACAUUAGACUUCUUACUAGUUGAUAUGGUUAGACUUUAUAUACCUACACCAAGGAGAAAAUAAGAUAUAUUCAAUUGUCUAAUCUUCUUUGUUGCCCAAC